AUGAGGUCCCUGUGGCCCUUGGUUUGGACUGUUUGUGGACUGAGUGUCAAGGCUCAGCAAACAGACGAAACUUCGGUCAGCUCCAUUCUGCUCACGACUGCCUCUCCUUUGCCCACAGAGGAACGGACUCCUUCGCCCACGGAGGAACAGACAUUUACCCAGAGUACACUCAGCAGCAGUGACGCAGUUCCAGGGCUGAGCUGUGUGUCUUUGCUCCCUCCCCGUCGGGGGUCAUACUACGUGGAGCAGGGCACAGGUGUGUCUGUGGGGUCCAUGCUGGUUUUCUGGUGCAGAGAAGGUUACCAGCUCGUGGGCAGUGAAAAAAUCACCUGUGUCGUCAAGGCAGGCGUCCCACGCUGGAACAACCACCUUCCUGUUUGUGAAAGCAUCCCAAAGCCAGAUGACCGGGGUCUGCGUGUUGCCCUGGUGGUGUCAGUGGUCAGCGGAGUGGUAAUCUUUGUCAUGACUGUGUCCUUCAUAGUCUGCUGUAUACAGGAACAACAGAACAGAAAGAAGAAAAGCCAUCGGGCAGGCAGGAGCAGGCGAAGGGAGAAGCGCAGAUCGACGUUCCGCAGGAGUCCCUCCUGGAUGGAGAGGGAGGAGGGCGAGUGGGAGGCUUUCCCCCCGCCGAAAAUUUUUAACCUUCCCCAACACCUCGAGGCUCGGCCCCUCCCUCCAGGCAGCCCCCUGUACCCGGGAGUGAUCAGAGGCUACGAGAACCGUGGAUACGUGAGGAGUCUGGAGAGCUUGCUGAGGAACCCUGUAGCUGGAGUGUACCAUUCUGACAGUCAGAUAUACCCACACCUGGUCAUGCAAGGAGUGCCACCCGCACCCACAACCACCUCAGCCACAACCAACACCACCCCCGUCCAGCUGCACGCCUCUGCUCCACCCAAAGCCAAAGCCUCCAACACUUCAGCAUCCACAGCCCCAUAG